AUGGUGUUCAAGAAUACCUUGGAUAAUCAAGAUCAGCGUGGUAGUGGACAGGUCUUUAUAUACGAGGACGAGCGUAUCCCGCAUUUCAUGGUUACGCAAAUGGCGAUGGGCGAGUACUCGGUUGCGGGAAAGGCGAGUGUGCAGGAGUGGCGCCAGAGCAAGAUACUCCGGAACGAUGAAAUUGACUUUGACCUGGUGAAGAAAUGGAUCAACCUAUGCAAGCACGAACAUGGCGCCGCAUGUAGCAGGUCAGGGACGGAGAAGUCGCCCGCCAAGAGACUGAUUGAUGUGGAGAGGAAUUGCCUUGUCGAUGGUGCAAAUGUCGAAGAGUACUUCACAUUGAGUUAUGUCUGGGGUAUGGCUGCGCAGUUCAUGCUGACCAAAGACGUAGUCAAGGACUCAACAAAGGAAGGCUUCUUGAGCUCCAUUGGCACCAAGAUUCCCCAGAGCAUAAGAGAUGCAAUGCAAGUCUGCCGAAACGUUGGAGUGCGCUACCUCUGGGUUGACGCACUUUGUAUCGUCCAGGAUGACGAGCAAGACAAAGGCGACCAAAUCGGGUUGAUGGACGAGAUAUAUGGACAUGCGUUAGCAGUCCUGAUCGUCGCUGCUGGAGACGGUGCCGAGCACGGAAUACCCGGGAUGGGACAGAAAACCAGAGCUUUAUACACUUGUGAAGAGGCCGUGGAUGGUAAAAUACUAAUGACCUCUCUAGCCUCGACGACGAACUCAGCCAAACGAUCCCAUUGGAACACUCGAGCUUGGACAUACCAGGAGUAUAUCCUUGGUAAAAGGCUUCUGGUUUUCACCGAGACGUAUGUCUUCUUCAGAUGCGCAAAGGCCCUAUUCCGAGAUGGGGAAUUGCUUUCCGCCACGGGGGAACCAACACCGGUGCCAGCUCAGCGGAGCGAUGACUGGAUCUCGGUGACCGCAAACGACAUACCAGAAGAUAUGGAUCUGAAGGAGGUGUGGAAGCAAUACUAUGAUGGCCUAUUGGCCUUCUAUCUCCGCCGCAACAUGAAGUUCGACACAGACUCUCUUCCCGCCUUCUCGGGCGUCCUCAAGGUGCUGUCGAAGAGACUGGGUCCGUUCCACCACGGCCUCCCCAUGAAAUUCUUCGGUCGCUCAUUACUCUGGAAUGAUGCGCACAAUGGAAUCUUCGAGAGACGCAAGUGCUUCCCAAGCUGGUCGUGGGCCGGAUGGAAGUGGAAAUUCGAGUUUUUCGACUCGGAAAAAAGCACAGUCGGGGCAUAUGGAUACAACAUGCCCAAGGAAUCAGUGCCGAUGAAGUUUUUCGUUUUCGAUGAUGACGGAAAGCUCGAACUGUUCUUCCAUGAGGGACCAGAAGUGGCAGAGGAGGUUCCCGAAACAAGGCAGAAGACCAACGCGCUCAUGGAUUGGAUGAUGAUGGCCAAUCAACAGGUGCAGGCACAUCCUGAUCUACCCCCCGAGGAGCUCACCAUGAAACUUCUGGGUAAAAUGAUGAAGAAACAGGCACUGGGGCAGACACAGCCAACGAAAGAGGACGAAGAGCAAGAGAAGGAAUGUAUAGCCAGAUUGAUGGCUCAACUGGAAGCACCAGAGGAUUACCAACAGGUCGACUGCAAAAGUCUGCUAGGACAACACGCGUAUCCAGGCCACCUCUUAGCUUUUUACACAAGCGUUGUCUCUUUGAAGGUUCCGUUUACAUCCAAUCAGAAGGCCGAACAAGGCUCUGCACUUGAUUUUGACGUUCUUGGCCAUGAUGGAGAGCGACUUUUUAGCUGCUGCAUCGACCCUGCGUGGCGCGCGAAUCAACCUGAGUAUCUGGAAUUCGUUGUGAUUGGAGUAAAGGAAGGGGGUAAGAGCGUGGCAUUGCUGCUCCUUGAGGAGAUCGACGGGAUUCACUAUCGAGCGAAUUGGAAUUGGAAAUUAUCACAGCACCUGGAGAUCACAGACUGGAUGGCGCAGAAUCCUGUCCAGAAGCUGAUCAUUUGGGGUUGA